UCGACCUCAAGCCGCUGACCUUUGAUGACAUCCCGAACCCCUCGGCGGCGCCGGACGACUUCGCGGCGUUCCUCGACGCCUACUUUGCCGCGGGGGAGCGGCUGGCGGACUCGAUGGACGAAUGGAGCGACGGCGGGCUCAAAGAGAACGGGACGGUACAGAUCCGGAGCUUGAGUACGGGCGGUGCGCAUUCGAAGCUCCGCAAGUCCAUCGGCGUAAGCGAGUUCUGGUGCGGGCGAAUCAGCAGCCACGACGCCGCCUCGUUGCGUCCAUACGCGCCGGACGCGACCGCGCCCUCCUCCAUGACCCCGCUCGCGCUCAUGCGCUCCCUCUCGAAGCGGCUGAGCCACGACGGCCGCCGCCCCUCGGCGGACCUGGACGAGGUGGCGCGCCAAGCGCGCGUCAUGUCGCAGCACCCGCGGGGCAUCUACGAGCACUUCCGGCGCGGCUUGUUGGAGUAUCAUUCUGAGCAUGAGCGGGACUACAUCGAAUCGUGCCGCGAAACGGAGUGCCUCGCCGUCCUCGUCCCGCACGUCGCGGAAGUCUGGCGCCUGACAUACGUCACGCCCGCACCCACCAGCCCGCGCACGUUCGUCGUGCUCCUGCUGUCGCGCGAGCUCGCGGUCGCGCCACACGGCCAGCGCCGCUUCAUGAACAUCUCGCUCCCGUUCGCACACCCCGAGUGCCCCGAAAAGCGGGGGCCGGAGAAGGCGCGCGUGCGCGGCAAGUACGUGAGCGUCGAGCGCGUGCGCGAGCUCGAUGAGGGGCGCACCGAGUGGCGCAUGGCGACGUCGUCUGAUGCGGGCGGGAGCAUCCCGCGCUUCGUGACGAAUUCCGCACUGCCCAAGAGCAUUGCCGAGGACGUGCCGUCCUUUCUCCGCUGGAUGAUGAAGCGGUAUUCCGCGGCCGGCUCGGGCUCGGGCUCGGGCACGGGGACGGACAAGGCGGGCGCGGCGGACCAGACGCCCACGACCGCCGCAGCCACAUAACACGCAUUUGUACAUCGUCUAUGCUACACUGCUUCGCUC